GCUGAGUUUCUUGGUGCUUCUUCGUAUCCUGAUCGGCAUGUACAGAUCGGAUAUCAUUGAUCACGAAUCGAGGGUGAGGCCGACCCUGACCCCUCAAAGUAGUUACGAUUUCGUGAUAAUCGGGGGUGGCUCGGCCGGCUCGGUGUUGGCCAACCGAUUAUCGGAGAACAAUAAUUGGACGGUGUUGCUGCUGGAGGCGGGCGCCGAGGAGCCAGACUUCUCCGACGUCCCAUCAAUAUUUCCCGUUCUCCAACUUACCCCCAUGGAUUGGCAAUUCAAGACGGAACCGUCCGACAAUUAUUGCAAAGCGAUGAGAGCUCACGAGUGCAACUGGCCACGUGGCAAGGUGCUAGGUGGAAGUAGCGUAUUGAACGUGAUGCUGUACAUUCGUGGGAACAAAAAGGAUUACGAUAAUUGGGAGAGGAUGGGUAACAGGGGAUGGAGCUACGAGAACGUGCUACCCUACUUCAAGAAAUCGGAGGACAUGAGGAUCGAGGAGUAUCGGGACUCCCCUUACCACCAGACAGGUGGACACCUGACCGUCGAAUACUUCCAUUAUCGGUUGUCCAUCAUCGAUUAUCUGAUGAAAGCCGGGACGGAGAUGGGGUACGACAUCGUUGACGUAAAUGGACCGAGGCAAACCGGGUUCACCUAUUCCCACGGAACGCUGAGGAAUGGAUUGAGAUGCAGCGCCGCCAAAGCUUUCCUCCGAUCCGUUUCCAAAAGGAGAAAUCUCCAUAUCAGUACGAAGUCGAUGGUGGAGAGGAUUUUGGUGAGACAAGGGAAGAAGAAGGCUUAUGGCGUUCAGUUUCGAGUAGGGAACUCGCGUCGAAUCGUGAAAGCCAAUAGGGAGGUGAUUGUGUCGGCUGGCGCGAUACAAUCGCCGCAGUUGUUAAUGGUGUCCGGGAUAGGUCCGAAGGAUCAUUUGAGAGAGUUGAACAUCUCCGUGGUCCACGAUGCGGCUGGAGUGGGAAGCAAUCUUCAGGAUCACGUGGCCAUAGGUGGAAUGAACUAUUUGGUGAGCAAACCGGCGAAUCUCACACGAUCCUUCACCUUCAACUUGAUGAAGACGAUCAACGCCCACUCGCUUAGAUUGUUCGCCAGGAAUUAUAGCGGACCCAUGUACUCUGUCAAUGUUGCCGAGGGCAUGGCCUUCAUCAACACCAAGUGAGUGUGUGUUUCUCCG